GACUUUUACGUACGCUGUUAUUUCUCUCUCAUUUUUAUUCUUUUGCUGCGUUGUAUCAAUGAUUAUUCAUUUAAAGAAUCGGUGACGCUUCAUUUUCACUGCUGUCUCGCUUCGUCAUUGUGGGGAACAGACAGAGGGGCUCGUUGGAGGCUCUACGUAACGCACUACUGCGUUGAAACACAGGUCUUUUAUUGGUGUCUUUGAGCUCUGCAGGUCUACCUGUGUUGAUUCGGCAAUCAUGUCCACCUUUUCAUGCCAGUACAAAAACUACCGUGGCAACUUGGUGGUGACUGAGAAGGAGUUUUACUUCACGUCAUCCCUCUUCCGCAUCGACCUCGAGUGGAGCAACGUGAAGCGCGUGCGGCUGGAAACGCAGCAGGUCAAGGGAGUCCCCACGAGCGUUCUCGUUGUUGUGCUUCAGCACAACGAGGCGAUCCGGAUGCAGGCCACACAAAGCUCGAGCCUGAGGAAGCGCGGAUCAGCGUCAAGAAAGUACUUCUUUUACGGCUUUCAAGACUUGCUUGGUGCGGAGGAAAUGGUGAAGCACUACCUCGAGAAAUACCGCGCCGCUGAAAAGGCCAGGGAGAAGGAGGGCCGUGAAGAGACGGAUAAGGACUCGUUGGCCACAACGAAACGGCCGGAGAAAGCGACAGAAAAGGACGAUGUCAGCUCUUCGGAUACCGAUGCGCUGAAGGAAGACAGCCUCAACUUGUCUCGCACGCUUGUGCCGCGGCGAUCAGACUCGGAGCCGUCACGAGUCUUAACGCCGGCACCCGUGGGCGGGCGUCGCGCCACCACCUCUGCCUCGCGACCUAAGAUUCCCGCCAAACUCCUCACCGCCGCCGUACCGCCUACAGCGGCCACAGCAGAACAGCGCAGCCGGUUUGCUGUGGUGUUUCUCAGAGGAUACCGACAUGUGGCGGUGCUCCUCGUGCUGGUCAUGCUUUUUCUGCUCGGCCGUUACUUCGCUCGCACGGCAGCUGUCAAUGACGGACGUCACGCCACGCAGUCUGCGGAGAAGCUGCUGCGCGACAUCGAUGCUCUUGCCGGGGUCACCGCAGAAUUGGAGACGUACGACAACCAAGAGAGCUUAUGGCGCUACAACAAGGGCCGCAAGCGACUUGCGCAACUGAGCCACACCUACACCCAGCACCUGGAAGAGACGUCGGUGGAGCUGAUGGAGCGCUAUGUGGCCAUUCAGGCGACGCUGACCACGUUGCGCGGGCAACGGGCGGCGCGUGUGGCACGUGAACAGCAGAGCGGCGUCACCGCCCCUCCGCCGCCGCCGACGAUGUCGUCUGAGUUCAGCACUCCCAAGAGGGCUGCGACUGGGGUGCGCGUUGCGGCUACACACAGAGGGGCGGCCGCCUCCACCUCCUCCUCUGCCACCGCGGCAGCAGGCGGCUCUGCGAUGCGCAAGGACGACGUGUGCGCUGAUGGGACCUCGUGCAAGAAGACGGCAUCGCAGACGAAGGCGGCAGCAUCAGCGAUACAAAGGAAGAGGAAAACGUCCUUGUCGCGACUUCAGUCUGACAUUCAGCGGUGGGUGCGCCGCGGCAGGGCGGCCUGGGCCUUUGUGGCGCGCCUCCUUAGCGCCGCACGCGCAGACUCGCCCCCCUUGCAACCGUCUUCGUCUUCUGUGCCCCCCUCGUCUGAUAAAGGGACGUCGUCGGAUGAGCUCUGGGUGAUCUACAGCGAGGAACUCGGCGAUACAUUUCACCUGACGGAGUGGGUGGCUGCGGCGGAGGACGAGGACCGCCGCCAAUGCUUACGGCUCACAAAGGACCUGCUCGACACGGUGGAUCUCACGGAGCGCGUCUUCGUUGCCUUCGCGAGCGUCUUCCUCGCCGGCCCCUACCGCCAGCUCGUUUCCGGCGAGGAGCGGGGCUCGUACUGGCUGCAGCCACCGCAGGCGCUGCGCACCAUCACGAACGGGCUGAAGUCCGCCGAGAAAAAGGCCUUUUCUGGCGACGCGAUGGCACGCAUGGCGAUGCUGCGUCGCUUCGUGGCGAGCCUCGUGCACGACGAACCGCUCGUGUCCAACCAAGCGCACCGCCGCGCUGCCGCACUGCAGGUGGUGGAGGCCCUCGCGGAGUACCGCCACGAAGAGGUCACGCUGCUCCGCACACGCAACCGCCGACGCACCGACAACGCAACCUUGCUGUGGACGAUUCUCAGCGACAUGGUCCUUGCCCCAAGCACCCAGCCGCUGCGGGGCAAUCCCGCCGUCCCCGAGGCAGCCGCGUUUCUACGGAAUUCCGUGGAGGAACUGCGGUUUUGGCGCACCCACGAGUCGGCGUGGCGAGAGCACGUUCUCACGUUUUUCACGCCGGAGGAGCAGGCCGAUAUCCGCAGCUCCUUCGGCGCUGGUCGCGCGGCGGGGGAGGAAGCUGAGCGUGGUUUGACGGACCCGAGCACCCAGCCGAAGGCGCUGCGUUGGCGGAAUUUGCCGCUCUUUCGUGGUCUUCUCUGCUUUGAGACGAUUCCAACGCUACACGAGGCGGCGGACGCAUCAACCACCGUAAACGAGGGGACGGCACGGGAGGCGGAAGACGGCAUCGAGAGGGGCGAGGGCAAUGCGGUGGAGAAUGAGGAGGGUGCUGACGCGGCAGACGUCGACGGCGGCGACGUGGACCUCCACGACUUCAGCGGCCCAUUAACAAAAGUGCCACCGCCAAAUGCCACGAAGGUUCUGCCGGUCCCGAAGCUCAACACAUCAUCCUCUUCCGCUUCUUCCCCCUCUGCUGCCGAGGUGAAGGAAACCUCGGCUGUACCCGGCACUCCUCCCACGACGCCUGCUCCCGGGCCUGCGAGCACCGCGUCGACUCCGCUGGCUGAGAGCAGUGUCUUGUGGAAGGAGGUGAAACUGCGUUGGAUGACGGACUUGGAGGCCUUCCGACUCGCCUUCGACCCUGCGCUCAAGCCGCGGACGUCCCGAGCUGCACGGUCGUAUCGCCUGGACGUGGAGGACCGCAGCGUGGUGGCGGACGCGGCUGAGGUGCGGCGGCGCCUCUUCGGCCUUCUGGCCGUCGUGAACGAGCAUUACGUGCGCUACGUGACUCCGAACGUAGCUCAGCGUGUAGGCAGCUUUCUGCGGAAGCUUUUCCCGCCCUACUCCAGCUCUCACAGUGGCGAGAGCGUGUACGUGUCUGUGCUGCAGACGUGGGGCACACAAGAUCCAGAGGUGCAGCUGGCCACGGCUCAGGUCACAGGGCUGGCUCCCGGCACCACGCACGACGUCUCUAGCUCGCUGUUGUAUCUCGUCCUGCAGCCUCCGCCGCUGCUGCAGACGAGCAUGUUGUCCACUCGUAAGACGAUGGCGGCGGCAACAGUAUUGAUUCUGUUUGCUGUCGUCCUGGCUGUGUUGCACUGCAUGCAGUAA